AUGCGCGGGUGGUUACUCAACCUCAUCGUCGUUGAGGCGUUUCUCGCCCGCGUCGUUCUCGGCGCGCGUGAUCUUUACGGCGACUUGGGACUGGAUAGAGGGGUGAGCGCGAUCGAGGUCAAGCGAGCGUACCGCUCUCUAUCGCUUAUCUACCACCCGGACAAGCAAAGGACGUCCGACGACGAAGAGAAACAUAUAGCGAACGAACGGUUCAUGGAGAUACAGAAUGCGUACUCAACUUUAUCCGAUCCUGAACGCAAGCGUGCGUAUGAUUUACAAAUGUACGUAGAAGAACAAAGCAAUUUGAACGCAGAGCUAAACGCUGGACAUCGAACACGAGGCACUUGGGAUUCGGAAUCGGUCGCAGAAGGCUUGCGACAGAGGAGCGGCUUUCAACAAGCCGAGCUCAUCUCCUCUGAGACCAUUUCGCUGAGCAAUAAGAACAUCGAAAAACUCGUCUUUAAUAGCAAGAAGGCGUGGUUGAUAAAAAUAUAUGACGACACGAUGGACGCGUGUCAUAGGACCUGGCCGGCGUGGGAGAAAGCUUCGCAGACACUGGACGGCAUCACAAACUUUGGCCGUAUACACGUUUUCAUGAGUCCACGUCUCGUACAGAUGUUAGGUAGUAGUGGCUUGUUCGCACGUCCCAUUCGUCGGUCGGAUUUACCAGUCAUCGUAGGGUUGCGUCCAAGCUGCAGCCACUAUUCAUGCGUUAAGCGAUACCGUGGUCCUAUCAGGGUGGAUUUACUGUCUUCGUUUGUCUCUGAGAAAUUGCUCAUGCUAUCUAUGCUUCCGACGAUUGAGAAAGAAGAUGUGCGCAUACCAGCAAUCGGUGGUAAACAGUUUGUCUUGGUUUCGCCGAGCAUGUCAACGGCAGUGAUACGGACUAGAUACUUUGCGGAAGAGUAUGGGGCUCGUGUUGAUGUAAAGCAUUCGCACUAUAAUCAAAGCGACAAGGAAUUCUGGGCAACGAAGUUCGGUGUGAACAAAUUGCCCGCGAUGUUGGUACUUGAGAUGUCCACUAAUAUUGUCGUUGAAGAUGUGAGCUCAAAGGAGAAGAUCCGUGCCGUUUUCGUAAGGAACGCACCCAGAGUGAACACUGAGUCUUCCGCAACAUUUAAGGUAUUGUUUAAGGCUCUCUACGUUGACACUACCGACUUCAUGGAGAAUCUGUGGUUCUUUUUAACGCAAACUGACUUGUUGCCUCUGAUUGGGACUAUUUGUGCCAUAAUCGCCGCGACGUGGUUUCGUCGAGUAAUUGUUCGAGUACAUAAGAUGCGAUACAAGUCAACGAAGAGAGCUAUCCGCGAAGACGUCAAGUCCGACUUGGUUGAUGUUCAUGGCGCUUCUCUAAAAAACAAAAGCGUUUAUACGGUUGUUCUUCUGACUUCGGAGCCGAACGAUCGGUUCAGGGAGGUGGCGAAGACUUACAAGAGUGAAAAAUUACUCGCGUUUGUAGAGAUGAGCAAAGAGACCGCGAACAACUGCAGCUUUCAUGAGAUCUUUCUGGGAUCUACGCGGAAGUCUGAUGUGAUUGUUUGGCAUCCUUCUCGAGAAAAAUAUCAAAAUAUCGGAGACAUCGACGAUAGAGUCCAGAUCGAUCGACAGUUGCACGCAAUCCUUGACGGAUUGGCAGAAUGGAUAGCGUGCGCCAACGUGGUGCAUAGUGCGUAG